AUGAUACAGGAAGACCUACUCUACCUCCUCGCCGUGAAUCUAUGGCGAUUACCCUUCGAGUCAAGAAAAGACACACAAGUCAUUUUCUCUUACGUCCUCCGAUUCCGUCCUCCAACUGCAUCCCCGAAGAGCGAACCCCUUGCUCUAAGUUACGUUAUAAACAACCGCCCAGAAGUUUUGGUAGAGUUAUGCAACGGCUAUGAUCAUAAGGAGAGCGCUACACCGGCUGGAACUGUACUAAGAGAAGUCUUGAAGAGCGAUGCGGCUGCGGCAAUCAUUCUGUACGACGACCAGGCCGAAGGAAGCCCUGGACCGAAGGGCUUAACUGGUAUAAAUCCAGAAUCGAGACAGAGUGGGAAUGGAGUCUUCUGGAAAUUCUUCAAAUGGAUCGAUCAAGGUUCAUUUGAAGUUGGUGCAGAUGCAUUCACGACUUUCAGAGAACUCCUGACCAAGCACAAGCAACUUGUUGCGCAGUAUUUGUCGACAAAUUUCGACCUCUUCUUCGACAAGUACAACAACAUACUAGUCAAGUCGGAAAGCUAUGUCACGAAACGACAGUCAAUAAAGCUUCUUGGCGAAAUCCUCCUGGACAGGGCGAACUAUGCUGUGAUGACGGCUUACGUUGAUCGUGGCGAGCACUUGAAGAUUUGUAUGAAUCUUCUCAGAGAUGAGAGGAAGAUGGUGCAGUACGAGGGCUUCCACGUGUUCAAGGUCUUUGUUGCGAAUCCGCACAAGUCGAUUGCGGUCCAAAAAAUAUUGCUUAUCAAUCGAGAGAGGCUGUUGGUGUUCCUGAAGGAAUUCUUGCAGGACCGGACAGAGGAUGAGCAAUUUAUUGAUGAGAGAGAAUUCUUGAUCAAGCAGAUUAAGAAUAUGCCACCCACGCCAGUUGAGCCAACGCAGAAACCGGCUCUACUAGGGUCACAGACAAGAUAG